AUGUUGGACAUCGCUUUGAUCCUGGGGGCGGUGGUUCUGUGGCACCAGUAUGCGCAUGGCAAGGACGUUUGGGCUGCCCUGGCCGCCCUCCUCGGUCGCGCGGGCGGUCGGGUGAGCGUGAAUGCCGCAGGUGGAGCGGCAGCUGCUUCUGGGAAGGACUCCGCGGCGCGUGCCAGCAUGAAGAAGCAGCUGGAUAACCUGCGAAUGUUGAAUCUGGGUAUUUGUGCCAGAAUGGGAGUGCAUACCCAACUCGUUCUCAUGAUCUAUGCAGCCAAGAAGAUAGCAGAAGGCCAUGAUGAUGCCUAUUCCGACGUCCUUUUCCGUGCUUGCCUCUAUGUUUGUUUCAGCUUGGCCAGUUUCAUCUCCAAGCGGAACAUGACGUACACAAUCAGGCCCCUUUGUUUGUGCUUCUACCUGGCAUUGCUGGGGAAGAUGUGGGCCUGCUUUGACAUGGCGCACUACCAGAUCAACCAAGCCUAUGUGGUGGGGAAGACCUGUUUGAUGGCCGCCCUCUUCGUGGACAUGUGGGUGGCGAUCCCGCUCGGGUUCAUUGUCGCUGCAAUGGACUGUCGAGUCUUCAUCACAGUGGGCGGGCUUUUGGAGGAGAACGAAGUCUUCAGCCGCUUGACGAUCCUCAUCCUCUACAUCCUCAUCCCGACAGUGGCAGAGAUGACAGCGCGUCGAUUCAUCCAAGGCCUCUUGGAUGCGAAUUUGAUGGUCGCGGGCUUCCGGAGGAUGUUGAAAGGCAUCAGCGAUGGCGACUUCCUCACAGAUGGUGACUUCCGGAUCCACAGCGAGGCCAAGUGCCUGGAGAACCUCUUGGCUUCCAAGGACUUCACUGGAAAGUCCUUCCUCUCCCUUCUCUGGGACGACAAGGAGCGGGAGGAUUUCAAGCAGUUCGUCGAGGCAUCCACGGAUUGCGAGGACGACAGUGCACCAGCAUGCCUCCGGCUCCACGUGCGCCGGAAGGGGUCGGCGAUCGGCUUGGAUGCGUGUCACGUGCGCGUGCCCGACUUGUUCGGCGCGGUGGAGCCGUAUCACUUGAUCGCCUUCAAGCAGGACCCGGAGCAAAGCGCGGAGGCCGAGGCGGAAGAGGCGGAACCGCCACCAGUGCCAGUGCCCACACCGCUCAUGGAUGACUCGACCGCCAGCUUGAGUGAGUCCUCGCUAUGUAGCUGCCGUAUGGUGGACUCACUGAAGGGGCUUUGUGAGAUGACCUUCCUGUUGGAUGGGAACUCAGAGCACUUUGAUCUUUUAGAGGCCCACUUGAGAUUUGCUCGGACCGCGGAGGAUGCUUCGGGCAUGCCGCACUUGAGGAAGUUUGCGAGGCCCACGGAUUGGGGCUGGAUCAGCGAGGAGCUCACCGACUACAUCUGGACCUGCUACUCCGAGCGCUGUGUGCCACCACCAGCGGUCUUGCAGCCGAUGUACUUUCGGGUGCCCGGCGCUGAGGCCGAGAGGUACUUGUUCGCGCGGAACGUGGAGCUUCAGCUUGCGUCUCCCCUCUUCGUGCAUCGCGCGGCGCGCGUCCCAGACGGGACAGAUGAGAAAUCUGAGGCAGCGCCCUUGCGCUUUUACUUGCACAUGACAGACUUUGCACCCAACCGGCGCCAAGUGCCGAACCUGGGGCUAAUUAGUGAAAAUGUGUCUGAAGACCUCUCAGGAGAGUCUGACAAAUCGGACUGA